UCAGAGCCGGCAGAUCUUCAAUUCAGUGCGACUGCUGAUGGUAGCAGCCUCGUCUCUUUUAGUGAGUUUGAAUUUUAAAUAAAUAACUCAGUACUUUCGUUUGAUAUUAAUUUUUAAAAAAUUAAAUUGUGAUUUAACUAAACGUUAAAUAUUUACGUGUGAAAAUAUUUAAAGUGAAUAUUUUGUAGGUGACGCAAGAUAAGUUUUACUUGGAAGACAAGUAUUAAAUAUUUAAAAAUUUAAUUUUAUUCUUAUGGAGCAUUUUAUUAUAAUGAGUCAUCAGCAAGAACUUAAAGACGUGACUACAGUGAUAACAUCAAUCUUAACAGCUAAAAAACCUCCGCGUGGAAUUCCUCUGGUAAACCUCGACCAGGAUUACUACGAAUUUGAAAGCCAGCGCAUUCCGUAUCGUCGGUUGGGUUUUUCUUCACUAGUCGACUUUAUCAAAACCAUACCGGAGGUGGAAAUUUACGAACGUGGUACCAGCCAUUUUAUAAACUUCCUUGGCAAGAAUUCGACGCGACAUAUCAGUGAUCUCGUUGCUAAACAAAGGAAUCCUUCAUUCAAAAACCGAAGUCGGUCAGUGAACACGCGAAAAACAGCGCCAGCGAUGUACCGUCCACGUGAUUCUUCAUCCUCAUCAUCAUCAAUUGAUCCAAAAGUAACUAGUUAUAUUUCUUCUAUUAUUUAUAAUCAUCCUUAUGGCAUGAAAGAGUCAGAGUUAAUUCAAAAAUUGCUGCACAAGCGGCCAUAUUUAACUCUAAGUUCGUAUCAAUGUAAAGAACAUCUGAGAAUUCUUGAUCGUGAAGUUGUAAUUAGAGAUGAUUUGAUUUAUCCGAAAAAUUCGUCAUCUAUUCCACGUGAAUCGUCAUCAUUUGCUGCAAGACCCAGCAGAUCUCAAUCAGUAGCACCCAAGAGACAUUUUAAUAAUAAUAAUAAUAAUAAUGGUCAUAGUAAUGGGGAGUAUUAUGAUAGAAGAUCUGAAGAAACCAACGGCAACUACUGGGGCAGAAGUUACGAUAAUCACAGGUAUGCAGAACAUAAUUACAGUAACACUAAUGGCAAUUACGCGCUUAAUUACCAAGAUAAUUACGGUAAUGCUGGCAAUGAUAGGAGAGAAAACCAAAGUCACCAAAGUAGUGUCUUAUCAAAUAAUUUUAAAGUCGCUGGUAUUGAUUCUGAUGAACAUUACGAGGCUGAUGAUCUUGGUUUCGAUGAAGAGACCGAGUACGCGGGUGCUAGUGCACCGGCUGCGAAUGGAAUACAAGGAUACGGUGACUCUAAUGGAUACAAUUAUGAUUAUGAAGUGCAAGAUAUGCAAAAUGGAGACUCUCGUCAUAAUGGAGGUAACAUUGUUGAGCAGGUACCAAGUUACGGUAACCUGGACAAGUUUGAAGACAAAAAGAAGGUCAAUUUUGAAGCAGAUCAUCGUCAGCUGGAAUUCAUCGGUGCUGAUGAUGGUGCUGGUGCUGGUGAUGUUGCUGCUGCUGGUGAUGUUGCUGGUGCUGUAGUUGAGGUGGACAGAAAAGAAGCUCUUUUUAAGAAGAACAAAGAAUAUAUUGCGCAGACAAUUUCCAAGCGCACGGUGUUGCGGUUGGAGAAACUUUUGGAGAACAAUCCGAAUGGUAUCUGGUGUAUUGAUUUGCCGAAGUUGUACACAGAAGACUAUAAACUGACGCUGGAAUGGGAAGACUUUGGGUUCCAACGUCUCUCUGACUUUGUAUCGCAUUUGCCGAAGAUCUUUAAAAUGGUGGGACCAUAUCGCAACGGGGAUUACCGUCUGUUUGAUGCUAGAAAACCACUACCUGAUGAUGAAUUCCAGAGACAGCAGAAACCAACGAUGGCUUCGCUUUAUAACAUCUACGGCGAUAAUGAUAAUGAUGAUGCGUUGCCGAAAACUAUUUCGCUUGAAACUAAACAGGCGCUCUGUCCUGAUAAUGUACUUGGGAUCAAUGAAACAGUCGGUCAUAUAUCUGUCACGAGAUUUGAACCAGAUAUAGACGCUAAUGGAGAACCAUCAAUGAAGAAUAUUGAAGUCAAUGUCGUUGAAGCUUUUACUCCUUCAUUUUUCUGGGUACAACUCGCUAGAAAUAAGCCGAAAUUUGAACAAAUGAUGGAAGAUUUGGGGAACUUUUACGAUGAAAACAGUUUGAGAUAUAGAAUUCCUCCGAUUGUUAUUGAAAGAGGAUUAAAUAUUGCGUGCCAAUUUUUCGGAAAGUGGCAUCGUGGGAUAAUUAAAAGUAUCACGCCAACAGGUUCACGAGUUACUGUGAUGUUUUAUGACUUCGGAACUAUAAAAUCAUAUCGUCCAGAAGAAGUUUACUUUUUACACCGGCGCUUUGGAGUCAUGGAUGCUCAAGCCAUUCCAUGUGGUUUGUGUUACAUACAACCAAGAAAACGCAACUCUGGUUCUCAUGACGGUCAAAGUAAUGAAUGGCCCAAGGAUGCACGCGAUCAGUUUCUUCAUAUGGCAUUCAAAUGUGAAAUGUGGGCGACUAUAGUCAAAGUUGAUGUUGAUAAUAAUUCCAUGCAGAUUGGUCUGACUGACACAUCAGGAGACGAAGAUCUUCACAUCGCAGAUUACUUAAUACACAAAAAAUUCGCCGAAAAAUCCAACACGGUUCGUAUUACUACCAGAAACUUUCAUUACAUCCACUCUAAAAGAUCUUCUAUAGCAUGGAAGCAAAAAUAUCUGAGUUCACUAGCUAAUUCUCGCUUAACUAAAAUGAAUCAUUUAAAAUCUAGUAAUAAAUUUUUGCCCGCGAAUCAAAAAGCCAAUCAAAGUCCUUUACAAAAUUCAAAUCAAGACACGCAGCGUCACGGCGAAGCUCUAUCGCCCUCAAUGUUGCGUGAAAUUGCAAAAUCUAAAGUCAAAAAUUCAAAGCCAGUGGAAUUGCCACCACCUCCAAUAGUUUUAAAUUACGCGCCAACGCCGACUAUUCAUUUACUUCCUCUAGGUUCAUCUCAUGAUAAAGUUAACUUAUGGUUUGAGUUGAACAAUGAAUUGAACAAUGAUUCAGAUGCUGGAGGUUCUGCUAAAUCAGGCGACCACAGCUUCGAAGCAUCCAGACUCAAAAAAGUCACAAAGUCUGAUAAUAAUUUUACGGAAUCAAAACUCCAGCGUGUGCCGAAGGCAUUCAAACUUGAAGAUAUUUUUAAGAUGUCAGAACAUCGAAUUACUUCUGAGCCACAUCGUGAUCCUGAGACUUCUAAAGCUCAGUAUAUUUCUGGUUCAUCUAAAAAUCUUUCAUUGCCGAAAGUGUCAUCAAGUGAAGAUCAUAAAUCAGUUGGUUCUAAGAGAUUAUCAAAUUUAAUUAACGUUCUUGAUAAAAAUGAAAAAAUUCCAGUCUCUAGAACUUUCAGCAGUCCACUGACACGACACAGGCAGGAAGAACCUGACUGGAAAAAUAGACACUUGAAUAAAAAUGAUGAUUACUCAGCAUCAUCUAAAUCACUGACUAGUUCCGAUGAAAGUUCAAAUAAAAAUCGUCCAUCAACUCUUUCUAAUCAAGGAGUAUCUCAAUUAUUAACCGCUUUCGGCGGUGAUGAUGAUGACAAAGAUGAUCAAGUUCCAGAAUCUGGUACUUUCGGUAGCCCAUUGGGAGGCCAUGGACGAGAAGAACCCAUCGAUUGGAACGCGGUUAGACAAAUGGUGAAUAAAGAUGACGUUAAAGUUCAAGCAAAGUCUGAACCGGUAAAAGAAAAAAUUUUACCAGCAACUGCGAACCGUAAAAGCCAGCCUGCAAUAAAUAAAUCAUAUUUAAAUGACAAAGCGCACAAUUAUUUUGAUAACUUCUAUGAGUCUUGUGUUGCUUCGAAAUUUACCAACGGAAAUCCAAUACUGUCAUGGGAAAGUGAAGAUGAGAUAAAAUAUACUGGGGUAAUUACUCCGAUGGUGCGGCAAACUCUGAAUACAAUUAACAAGAAUUCUGAUUCUGUUAAAGUAACUGUGCCAGUUAAUUUGCGGCGAUUAAUUGAAAAGUCAUCCAACAGCAGCUCUGAGGAAACGUCUUCCGAUAGCAAAACCAGCGGGUGGAAUUCACCUUCUGAGAGACGAAUUUCUCAACCAAUUAAAAUGAAUGACGUGAUUGAUAAUAAAAGCGACAGUGACUCUCUGUCAUCUGAGUCUACAAAACAACUUACGACAAUUCAUAAAUUAUUAAAGGCGCGUCAUUUGAAUAAAAUUAAUAAAACUUGUGAAGAUGAUAAACCAAAAGAUGAUAACGAUAACAGUAAAGAAAUAAAUGAUACGUCUGUUGAAUGUCAACCAGAAGAAAAGAAGAAAGUAUUAAUUGAAGAGCUGCCGUCUCCAAAAUCGUCUCCAAAAUCAUCUCGCAUUGACCAGAAGAAAAAUGUCAAUUCUAUUUAUUACGCAUCUGCAAGAAUCAGUUUAUGUAAAAAAAUAAACCGUCUGCAAGAUGCGGAAUCUUCUGAUUCGGAUGACGUCGAUCUCGAUUCUGAUGAUUCUUCAUUCUAUGAAAAAGAUGAUGGAGAAAAAAAAACUUCGGUCAAUGACAACGAUGACUCUGAAGAAAUAGAUGACAAAAAUGAUAGAGAUGAAGAAAAAUUGAAUGGGAAAUUAGACUCUGAAGAAAUAGAUGACAAAAAUUAUCAAGUUGAUGAAAAUAUUGAUGAAGAAAAAUUGAAUGGGAAAUUAGACUUUGAAGAAAUAGAUGACAAAAAUUAUCAAGUUGAUGAAAAUAUUGAUGAAGAAAAAUUGGAUGGGAAAUUAGACUCUGAAAAAAAUAGUACGGACGAUAAGAACGAUGUUGACUUGGACAAAAAUGAUACUGAUAAUGAUAACCAGAAUGUAGAUGAAGGUAUGGAUCCAUCAGCUGGAAAUGAACUACAAAUUUGUACAAGUGCUCCAAUUCCGCGGUUUAAUGAUGUUGAUGUGGAUUCAGAUGAUAGCGACUUGGGUAUUCAUUUGCCGCUAGAUUUUCUUGCUCAUUUUUUCGGUGUCCAAUUACCCCCCCAAGCAGGUAUUGCAAACUCGUCAGCAGACACUGAAACUGACAUUGAUAGUAGAUCUGAAGACGAGGGUGUCAAAAUCGAUGAAAUAAAUUGUGAUGACGAGAAACCACAUUCGAGUUCAAGUACUGAGAGUAGUUUGGAUAUUUCUAGUGCUCGUGGUGCCAAUCAAUCAGUUUCCUCUCAAGUUGAAACAGAUUCUGAAUCUCCACAAAUAGAUCCAAGAGCUGGUAUUAAAAAACAAUUUGCAAAAGUUUCAAAUCAAUUGGAACCAAAAAAGAAAUUUGAGUCUAAAAAAGAUGAUGAAGAAACUACUGUACGAUCUACAGUUGAAAGCGAUUUCCGUGAUACUGAUGAGGAAAAAAUAAAAAAAACUCAAGGCUACAAAUUGAAAUGUUCAUUAGUAAAUGAAGUUAAAAAAUCCGGUCUUCUUGAGUCUCCGAAAUUUGUGAAAAAUUGCGAACUGAAGUUUAACGCUGACGAAUUUUUGGACAUCGAUUAAUUAUCUAUCGUUUUAAUAAAUUAACAUUUUUUUUUAUUUUUCAUUUAAAUAACAGACUUUUUUUUUAUUAACAAGUUCAAGUAACGACAUAAUUACAAUUAAAAUAUUUUUUGUUUCUUUUUCUUUUCUUUAAUAUGAUGACUAAUUAAUUUUUUUAUUUUUCUGCUUUGAUUCAUUAAAGUUGAGCGAGUAUAGGAAUAACUUUUGUUUAUUAUUUUAGGAAGACACAAACUUGUUAAAUUAAAAAUAACUGCUGUUUAAAAAAAAUUAAUUAAUUAAUAAGUAAAUCAACUUCC